AUGGGAGAGGUGGCAUAUACGUUGGCUUUGCCACCUAGCUUGUCAGUUGUGCAUCCAGUGUUUCAUAUUUCCAAGCUUCGGAAGUACAUGUCGGAUGAGUCCCAAGUACUUUAUCUUGAUCUAGUUGAGUUGGGUACAAACUUAUCUAUUGAGGAUGAGCCUAUAGCCAUUUUGGAUAUGAAUGUCCAAAAGCUUAGGACCAAAGAUAUUGUUUUAGUGAAAGUGCAGUGGAAGCGUCGUUCAAUUGGUGAGGCGACUUGGGAGACAAAGUCUGAUAUGCGUGCCAAAUAUCCUCAUCUUUUCGAAGAUCUGGGUACUUUCUUUUGCCUUAUGUUCGAGUACGAACAUGGUUAUUAUAUGUUGCGCCCCCUAAAACUAGAUGACUGA